CUUUUCUGGUACUCUGUACCCACACCCAACUCACAGCUGCAGGAUAUCAUCACACCGCCUCAUUUUCAUCUCUCAGGUGGAGGCCGCCCACCAAUCGGUACCGAUUCCAUCCACGACGGGGCCGGAUCCCGAGCAUCGACAAGCUCGGCAAGUCCAGAGUCGCUUUGAUUGCUCUCAACACAACCUGUGUGCUCUGUUGCUUCUACACUACCUGUUCUUCUCGUGCGGCGAUUUCUUGCUGUGUCUCGUGCGAUUGGUGCCACCACGACAGUCGCUUGAGGACGUUUCGUUGUUCAGAGGAGGCUGUUGUGAAGAGCGGUUCGGAUCAGAGUGGAGGAGUACUUUGUGUUAAGCUGUGAGUGGGUGUGGUGGGUUGAGCGGACUGCAGCGUGAGUGCAAGUGUUGGAGGAUUCCAGCGCCAAGGCCCUGACGGGAUCUGAAGCGAUACGGAGAUAACAGCCAUACCUGGACGAUAUUGAAUCCUAAGAGGCAAAAAGAAGUUGCAACACAUCUAUCUACAAAUCUUGGUAUGUGAUCAUUUAAUGAGUAACUUUAAUGACCAUUUAGUAUGGUGAUUGAUGAAGUAAGCAAUACUUGUGGUGUGAACUUAUAACAAUAAAAAAAUAUGCAUGUGAGAUUGUGUUUUUAGAUACAAGCAGAUUGUGGUGGCAUUAGAAGUUAGGAUAUAGAUACAUGUUAUUUCAUCUUUGCAUGAAUAAUGUUGUUUUUAUAAGAUGUAAAUAAUUUGUAUGUAGUUUAACAAAUUAGAAUUUUUAUGGUUUUAUAUACUUGUAUAAUGUUAUUAUUUGACAAGGUCUAGAAGUUGUAUAGAAUAGAAGAAGAGUUUGCAAUGAAAGAAUAUAGAAUAAAAAAUUUGAAGAGUAGAAGAGAACAAGACAAAACAGACCAUUUGUAGUAUGAAGUAUUAAGUUUUUUGAUUUAUUUGAAGAAAAGUCUAAAAUAUGGCAUUUAAUGUGGUAAUUUGGAUGUUUGUACAAUUAUAAACAUGUGUAUGAAGGAAAAAAAAUUAUUGUGAUAAAGUUAUGAUGAGUGUUUUAGGACAUUUAUAAGAUUCAAACUUUGAUUUGUACAACUACAAAACCUACUUUUUAAGGACUUGAAGUAUCAAGAGUUGUGAUUGUUUAUAUAUUAGAAUGGUAGAUUGUGAAACAUUAAUAACUAGAUAUAAUACAUGACAUGUUUAUGGAUCAUAUGGAAGGUUGAUAAAAAUAUGCUUAGAUAUUAAAUGUGUUGGUCUUGAUUAUCUUGUUUGCUUGAUUUAGGAACCUUUAUUGCACAAUUGAAGGAUUGGAUUUGAAUAUCUUCAAAUAACCUAUCAUAGCAAAUUCUUGGAAUGGUUUCUUGCAAGGGCUUACAUCAUCAUUAAAAAUAGGAUAUGGCAAAGAGGAACAUAUUUUUCCAAAAGUCAAAUCUUGAUUGAAGAAAUUGGGGUUUUAAUGAAGAAAAAAGAUAUAUUGAAUAAAAUCAAUGUACAAAUUUGUGGAUUAAUCUUGUUCAAGUUAUGAAUUUUUUUCAUAAGUUGAUGAUUUGUAAUGAUAAUAUUGGAAAGUACUGCCUCAUUUUUGAUGAACUAUUCAUUGUGGUAUUCAAAAUCUACUUGUUGGUAGAAAAUUGUAGAGAUGAAAAGUGGUGUGAAGCAACAAUCUUCCAAAUGAAGAACAAAGAAACAUUUAGAGAAUUGCUUUUGGACUUGAAGCAUUGUUUUAAUGCAUCCAAGAAAAUUACAGCAAUAGAGCAUGUAAAAGAAUUAGAAGGCAUUGCAUCCAUUACAUUUAAUGUUACAUCAUUUGAUGAAGUUAAAGAGGAUGAUGAAAGCUUUUAUGAAAGAUUGAUUAGUGAAAUUCAAGAUGCAUGCCUUGAAGAUUUAGGAUUGGUAGAAUAUCUAUUGCAAAGGUAUAAAGACUUGUAUCACAUUGAAGGUGGAGAAUUGGAUACUUUGGAUCUUUCAAACAACACCAAAGGCUUACAAAUUGGUCAUUGCAAGAUUGGGGAAGGUGAAUUUGGUGUUGUUUAUAAAUCUAUGCAGUUUGGAAUCUUGAGUGCCACAAAGAAAAUAAAAAUUGAAAGUAUUGAAAAAUAACUUAGCAUUGAAGUAAGAAUCUUAGCUGGUUUGAGCCAUCUAAACAUUGUUAAAUAUUUAUAUGCAAAAAAAGAGGAGAAAGUUAAGUUUGAUGAGACUUGUGCUACAAAAGAUGAAAAUGAAACCUUGGAUAUAGUUAUGGAAUUGAUGGAUAUGAGUUUGUAAGAAAAGUUGAAGAAAAAAAGAUUUACAAAUAUAUUUUGCUUAUUGAUAUCAUCUAUCAAAUUGCAAAAGGAAUGUGUUAUUUAUACGACAUACAAGUUGCUCAUCGUGGUCUUAAACCUAAAAAUGUGCUUAUCAAUUUCAAGUAAAAAAAAUAUCAAAAACAAUGCUUUUGAAUGUGUGCUUGUCAAAAUAAGUGAUUUUGGUACUUCUAAGAUGAAUGUUGGAAGGACUUCAAAAGCUAAAAGUAGUAAAUUUCUCUAUGGCAUGCCAAGGUAUGUGGCUCCAGAGAUAUUAAAUAAUGAAGAUGAAUCAACAAAAAUAUGUCGUUUUGAAGCAGAUGUUUUUCAUUUGCAAUGACAUGUUCUCAGAUUCUUUCAAAAAAAGAGUCAUUUUGUGGCAUUCAUAACAAGAAAGAAAUAUUAAAAAAAAUUAAACAAAGAGAGAUGCCAAAUUUGCCUUCAAAUUGUCAUGAGUUGACUGAGUUGAUUGAAGAAUGUUGGCAUUUGAAUCCUUAACAAUGUCCAAAAUUUGGAGAUAUUUGUAAAAGACUUGCGCAAUUAAAGACAAAGUUUCUAGUUAGAUCUUACAAAGCUAAAUGCCUUGUGUUUUGUGCUCCUAAGAAUAAGAUGCACCAAAUCAAAAAAAAAAAAAAAAAAAACACAUCUUGAUAAUCAAGAUGUAAAGUUUGUACUUAUUGUUGUUUUAUUUCUUUGAUUGAUUGUUUUAGAGAGGCAAUUGAUUUGAGUGGUUUGAUGAUAUAGUAAAGUUGAACAUGUAUAAAUGUAAAAGUAUUUCUUUAGAACAUGUGCAUUGUAUAAACAUUUAGGUUUUGUGAUUGUGGUUGUUUGUGUAGGUAUAUUUUAAAAAAGAAAUAAAACUAGGUAGAGAAGAAUACUUACAAGAAAUGUUAAAGAUAUGCAAUAAAGGUGAAAAGGCAUUAUAUCUUGUUGGUAUGGAUGGAAUAGGUAAGACAACAUUAGCAAGGUCCAUGUUCAAUGCCAUAAAAAAUACAUAUGAUGCUUCAUGCUUUGUUGAAAUUAUUCAAAAAAGUGAUCAAAGCUUGAAAAACUCUCUCAAUAUUUUGGAACAAUUUAAAGUUGAAGGAAACCCAAAGACUUUGGAUAAUGCAAAAAUGUUGCUAAAAUCAUUUUUGAGCAAAAAUAAAGCUAUUAUGGUCUUAAACAAUGUUAAGGAUCAAAAUCAAAUUGAAGAAGUUAUACCUAUGGAUGUUUUAUGUAGAAGCAAAGGAAGCAUAUUAAUUGUAACUACACAAAAUUGGAAUCCUAAGAAACAAUAUUCUAUAGAGUUUCAUAAAAUAAACCUAAAAGUACUUGAAGAGUGUACAAGUUUGAAAUUUUUUUGACAUAUUCUCAUGGAAAUCAAGUUGGAUUAUCCAUAGAACUUGAGAAUAUAAGUAAAAAGAUUGUGAAAGCUUGCAAUGGCUUACCAUUAAGUGUAAAAGUUGUGGAAUCAUUCUUAAGAGGACAAAAGAGGCUAAGAUGUUGGGAGCAAGCUUUACAAAGAUUAAAAACGGCAAGAUAUUUGGAUGGAGAUGAAGAAAAUAGUGAUCUUCAGAUUUGGAAAAUUUUAGAAGUAAGCUUUAGCAACUUAAAUCCUCAAGAAAAGGAUAUGUUUUUCGACAUAUGUUUUUUUUUUUUUUGCUAAUGACGUAUUUCCACAUGACAUGUUGAAAGAAAGAGCAUUGCAAAUAUAGACAAAAACUAAUGGAUUAGAUAAGGAAGAAAAUGUAGAACUUAUUUUAAAGGCAUUAAUUUAUUCUUCACUAAUAAUUAUUGAUGGAGAUAGAAUCAUCAAAGUACAUGACCAAUUAAGAGACAUGGAUCGAAGGAUAGUUGAAAAAGAUCCUAUAUAUGAAGGCACAAGAAUAUAGAACAUGAAUAUAGUGCCAGUUAAUGGACUAUCAACAAAGAUAAGUAAGUUGACAUUUUUGUAAGUAAAAGUUGCAAAAUCAACUAUCAUUAAAAUUUAUUAGCAUGUAGUGAUUGUGCAUACAAUUUUGAAUUAUAGUAGCAUUAGAUGGUGUAUUAAUGUGUAAGUUGCUAUGAAUUAUUUGAAGUUGAUUAUUAGUUAAAGAUCAUCAACUGAAAAAGAUAUAAAAGCUUAAGAAUACUACUUGAAGCAUUAAGAAACUUCAUUUCUUUACAAUAGUUAGAUAUAAGUGGAUGUUCAAACUUGACAUCAUUGCCAAAAGAGUUGGGCAACCUUAUAUCUUUGACAAAAUUAGAUAUAAGGAGGUACUCAAACUUGAUAUCAUUGCCAAAGGAAUUGGAUAACCUUAUAUCUUUGAAAAUAUUAGAUACAAGUGAAUGCUCAAACUUGACAUCAUUGCCAAAGAAGCUAGCCAAUGUUACAUCUAUGACAAAGUUAGAUAUAAAUCACUGCUCAAAGUUAACAUUAUUACCAAAGCAAUUAGAUAAUCUUACAUCUUUAAUAGAAUUAAGUAUAAAUGGAUGCUCAAACUUAACAUCAUUGCCAAAGAAAUUGGACAACCUCAUAUAUUUGACAAAAUUAGAUAUAAGUGAAUGCUCAAACUUGACAUCAUUGCCAAAGGAGUUGGAUAAUCUUAUAACUUUGAUAAAAUUAAAUAUAACUGGAUGCUCAAAUUUGACAUCAUUACUAAAGGAGUUGGAAAUCUUACAACUUUGAUAAAAUUAGAAAUAUGUUGGUAUUCAAACUUGACAUCAUUGCCAAAAGAAUUGGACAACCUUACAUCUUUGAUAAAGUUAGAUAUAAAUCGAUGCUCAAUCUUGACAUCAUUACCAAAGGAGUUGGGCAAUCUUACAUCUUUGACAAAGUUAGAUAUAAUUUGGUGCUUAAACUUAACAUCAUUGUCAAAUGACUUAGGCAACCUUCUAUCAUUAACAUGGUUAAAUAUAUGUGGAUGCUCAAAUUUGAUAUUAUUGCAAAAGGAGUUUGGCAAUCUUACACCUUUGACAAAAUUAGAUAUAAGGAGCUGCUCAAAGUUGACAUCAUUGCCAAAAGAGUUAGGCAACCUUACAUCUUUAACAAAGUUAGAUAUAAGGAGAUGCUCAAAGUUGACAUCAUUACCAAAAGAGUUAGGCAACCUUACAUCUUUGACAAAGUUAGAUAUAACUGGAUGCUCAAAUUUGACAUCAUUUUCAAAGGAGUUGGACAACCUUAUAUCUUUGAUAGAAUUAGAUAUAACUAAAUGCUCAAAAUUGAUAUCAUUACCAAAGGAGUUGGGCAGCCUUACAUCUUUGAUAAAGUUAGAUAUAACUGGAUGCUCAAAUUUGACAUCAUUUUCAAAGGAGUUAGACAAUCUUAUAUCUUUGAUUGAAUUAGAAAUAAGUAAUUUCUUAAAUUUAAUAUCAUUACCAAAGGAGUUGGUUAACCUUACAACCUUAACAAAGUUAGAGAUAUGUUGGUGUCUAAAUCUAAUAUCAUUGUCAAAAGAAUUGGGCAAUCUUACAUCUUUGACAGAGUUAGAUAUAAGUCGGUGCUCAAAUUUGUUAUUAGUACCAAAGGAGUUGAGCAACCUUACAUCUUUGACAAAGUUAGAUAUAAGUUGAUGCUCAAAGUUGACAUCAUUGCCAAAGGAGUUGGGCAACCUUACAUCUUUGACAAGAUUAGAUAUAAGUCACUACUCAAAGUUAACAUCAUUACCAAAGGAGUUGGACAACCUUAUAUCUUUGAUAGAGUUAGAUAUAAGUGGAUGCUCAAACUUGACAUUAUUACCAAAGGAAUUUGAGAACCUUAUAUCUUUGAAAUAGUUUAAUAUAUAUGGAUGAAAGAACUUGACAUCAUUCCUAAAUGAAGUGAGCAACAUUACAUCUUUGACAUAAUUUGAUAUAUGUAGAUAUUUAAAUUUGACGUAAUUUUUUAAGCCUUUGAUGACGACCUAAGAGUAUAGAAUGUAAUAUGAAACGAUACAUGAAGUAUGAAAAAGCUUAAGAUAGAAGGAAAAUAUUGU